AUGACCACACCCAGCGACUUUCGUCGAAUGACGAUGUUGGAUGAACGACUUCUGUCCGAUGCUGAUUUACAACAACGGCAACACGACCUCGAGAACCAGAUAAAGGAUAUUGAUCUACUGAACAUUGAAAUAACUGAAGAAGAUCUGUAUGAUGAAUGGUGUGAUCCGAAGUCGCCUCAUAUUCUAACUUUCGAAGAAAUAUCAGCUGCUGCCUAUCGAAUCAAAUACGGAGUAGACAAAACGCCAUGUACACCUUCACAUAUGUCUAAAAUAACUGGCAUGGAAUUGUAUUUCAAGAAAGAUUUCUUGUUACAUACGGGUAGUUUCAAGGAACGAGGUGCACGAAAUACUCUGAUGACAUUAUCAGCAUAUGAAAAGGCUCGAGGUGUCAUUGCAGCAAGUGCUGGUAAUCAUGCAUUAGCUAUGUGCUAUCAUGGUCAACAGUUGGGUAUUCCCGUUGUGGUUGUUAUGCCUCGACAUGCACCGAUUAUGAAAGUGAAUAAUUGUAAAUCAUUCGGAGCUGUCACUAUUAUCAAAGGAAACGAUUUGGCUGAAUCAAAACGAUUUGCAUUAAAAUUGAGUCGAUUACUCGGUUUGCGUUAUGUGAAUGGCUUCGAUCAUCCUCAUAUUCUAGCUGGUCAAGGAAGCUUAGGUCUUGAAGUUCUCGAUCAAGUUCCAGAUGUUGAUGCUAUUCUCGUACCUACAGGUGGCGGCGGCCUUUUAGCUGGUGUUGCCGUAGCAGUAAAAUCAGUUAAUCCACGUGUUCAAGUCAUUUCAGUUGAAUCUGAAUGUGCACCUGGCUUCUAUCAGGCGACGCAGGCUGGUCAUCCUAUUUAUACGGAAUGCAAAUCAACAUUGGCUGACGGUUUGGCCGUUCCAAUGGUCGGUGGAAAUGCCUAUGCCACAGCAGCACCAUUGAUUGAUAAAGUUGUUUGUGUAAGUGAAGAAUAUAUUGCUAUUGCUAUUCUACGAUUGGUAGAAAUGGAAAAGGCCGUUGUGGAAGGAGCUGGUGCUGCAGGUCUUGCAGCUGUCUUACAAGGUUUACUACCUGAAUUAAAAGGAAAGAAGGUAGUCAUUCCGUUGUGUGGUGGUAAUAUAGAUACCACUGUGCUCGGCCGUGUUCUUGAACGUGGUCUGGUUGCAGACAAACGUUUACUGAAAGUUUGGUUAACUGUUAGUGAUCGGCCAGGAUCGUUGGCACAAAUGUGUAAAUUGUUUAGUUCAGCGGGAGCUAGUGUAAAAGAUAUUUAUCAUGAACGUGCUUGGCUUAAAUCCGAUAUGUUUUCUGUUCAAAUUCAAGUUGUAUUGGAAGUACGUGAUAGCGAUCAUGCUGAUGAAGUAACCAAGGUUAUCUCAGAGCACUAUGAUAAAGUUAAAUUUCAUCAAGAUUUACCGUAA